GAAAUUUAGUCGACAGUGUCGCGACGCCGCAACGUAUUUGUCAAUAUCUCAUCAUUUUCACGAUUUUUACGGUUCAUACAUGUUCAUAAGAAAUUAUCGCGCAAUUUUUAUCAAGGCAAGUGAUUUUAGUGAUCCAAAUAAAAAGAAAUUUACUAUUCUAUACGAAUCGAUAUAUAAACCAAACUGAAAAGUGAAGAGUUCUCAGCGCGGAAAAAAGACAUCGAGAACUGGCCGGGACUCGGGACGAUAGCUGGUAGCUCGGUAGGUCUGUAACUCGGCCGAGUAUAUUAUCUAUCUUAUUUAAGGGUCGGGGGAAGCGCGGUGGUGAGUGAGUGUAAUACAGUGAAAUAUCAAAGAUCGAGAGUAACAGUUAAAGAGCUGACGCGAUUCUAACAUCCAAGCAUCAAAUACCGGGCCUACGAAUGCAGUUUCAAGACGGAAUCGCGUUUUAAGAUGUGAGUAAUCGUGCCGGAUUUCACGAGAAAAUUGUAGCGAAAGGAGAAGAAAAAGUUUCAUUGCCAGUGAACAUUGCAUUCAUCGCAACGGCUCCUCAUCAAGUAUAAGACAGUGGAAAAAAUUGUCUUUGUAGACGGUGCGAAGAGGCUACAGAAGUGGAGACGCAUCAUCAGCAAACGGCAGCAACAACGAUGGGCGUCGCCGAGGAUGAGACGCCGUCCUCUUUGACUUCUCAUCCUAACCCUAACGUUAACAACCCCAACCAAGAAGGUACGUGUCAGAACUGGGUGUUGGAGAUGGCGGCCACAGAGAGCACGAUCCGUUUCAGCGGGCAUACAUUGGACAAGGCUACAAAGGCCAAGGUAACCUUGGAGAAUUACUACAGCAAUUUGAUAGCCCAGCAUAUCGAGCGAAAGCAGAGGCUUGCGAAAUUAGAGGAAUCGUUGAAAGACGAAGGACUGUCGGAGCAACAGAAGCAGGAGAAACGGUUGCAACAUGCCCAGAAAGAAACUGAAUUUCUUCGCUUGAAACGCUCCCGGCUCGGCGUCGAAGACUUCGAACCUCUCAAAGUUAUCGGCAGAGGCGCUUUCGGAGAGGUAAGACUCGUGCAAAAGAAGGACACCGGGCACGUGUACGCGAUGAAAAUUUUACGAAAAGCCGACAUGUUGGAGAAGGAGCAGGUAGCGCACGUCAGGGCCGAAAGAGACGUAUUGGUGGAGGCUGAUCACCAAUGGGUCGUAAAAAUGUAUUAUAGCUUUCAAGAUCCUAUAAACCUGUAUCUAAUCAUGGAGUUUCUUCCAGGCGGUGAUAUGAUGACACUGCUAAUGAAGAAAGACACGCUUUCCGAGGAGUGUACACAAUUUUAUAUUUCUGAGACUGCGUUGGCAAUCGAUUCUAUUCACAAAUUAGGAUUUAUUCAUAGAGAUAUCAAACCGGAUAAUCUGUUAUUAGAUGCGCGAGGUCAUAUAAAGCUUUCUGAUUUUGGAUUAUGCACGGGUUUGAAAAAAUCUCAUAGAACCGAUUUCUACAGAGAUCUUAGUCAAGCGAAACCUUCGGAUUUCAUGACGUCAUGUGGAAGCGGAAGUGGCGGAGCGAUGGACAGUAAAAGAAGAGCAGAGAGUUGGAAAAGAAAUAGGAGAGCGUUAGCUUAUAGCACAGUAGGAACACCAGAUUACAUAGCUCCGGAAGUAUUUUUACAAACUGGUUAUGGACCUGCUUGUGAUUGCUGGUCUUUGGGUGUUAUUAUGUACGAGAUGCUCAUAGGAUAUCCUCCAUUCUGCAGCGAAAAUCCUCAAGAAACUUAUAGGAAAGUUAUGAACUGGAGAGAGACUUUAGUUUUUCCACCAGAAGUUCCUAUUAGCGAGGAAGCCAAGGAUACCAUAAUCAGAUUUUGUUGCGAAGCUGAUAGAAGAUUAGGUGCGCAAAGAGGUAUAGAAGAACUUAAACUCGCUCCUUUUUUCCGUGGCGUGGACUGGGAACAUAUCAGGGAAAGACCUGCCGCGAUCCCAGUCGAAGUACGUUCCAUCGACGAUACUUCCAAUUUCGACGAAUUUCCAGAUGUGAAACUGGAAAUACGUAAGUCAUCUGCACCAAUGCCUCAAGACGGAGAAGUAAUAUACAAGGACUGGGUGUUUAUUAAUUACACGUUCAAACGAUUCGAAGGAUUGACGCAACGAGGCACUCCGACUAAGAAAUAGCAACACUCUAUUUCUUGCUCGGUUUCAACCAGUCAGCAGCCUGACGCAACUGGAAUUCCGGCCUUGGUACAUAAUCCGUACCCUCCGUUGUCAUCAACGACAUCUCGAAUGGAUGGUUGAUUCGUUUUAUCUUCUGAAUACGGUCCAGUCAAUCAUCGGCAGCCAGUCGCUUUUACAUGUACAUAUAUUAUACGUGACGGGAUGAGCGCGACGUAUACGUUAUCAACAAGAUGCGAAUGAAGAAAAAGAAAAGAAAAGGGCAAGGAAAAACGAACAUGGCAAAGAUUAUAAAAAGAAAAAAGGAAAAAAAAAAAAAAAUGUCGUGUUGUUUUACAAAGAAAACGGAAUGAUAAAUAUUCUGUAGACAAGCAGGUGCGAAAAUCGUUGCACAUGUGAUAAGGAAGAACCGACAUAUUUUCAUGCGCACUGUAACGUUUUUAGCGAUGUCACAACUAUAAAAUACGUUUGUUUUUCGUUCUAUCGUUCUAUUCGUGAAUAUUCUCGUUUCCAUCCACGAUCUUCGAUACGUAGCAUAAUAAGCUCUCUUUCCUAGCUAUCUCCCUUUCUUUUUUUCCCCCUCUCCCCCUCCUUUCUGUCCUUGUCUUUCUUUUUAUAGUGAAAAUAUUAAUGAUAAAAGAAAACAAAGAUGGAGCCUCGGUCCCGUGAUUCUCGCAAAUCGUGUACAAAUUUUUCGUAGGACUUCUUUCAGUGUUUUUUUUUUUUUUUUUUUUCUCUCUCCUCUCUCUUCUCUUUCCCUUUUCUAACGAAGCACUGGUUUAGCUCUCUUUUAAACGUUGUAUUUAUAGCUAGUACUGUGAUAUGAUAUUGUUUAAAAGUUUUGUAUACAAAUCACUGUUUUCUCUGUUAAUGAUUACUGAACUUUACGAAUGUUGUACUCUGUUCGAUUGUGCUUACGUUUCAUUCAAAAAAAUUUAAAACUUUGUUGGUAUAAAAAAAGAAUAUUUUAUAUUUAUAUAUUUUUUGAGAGCUUUUGUCUGAGUGUUAUCUAUGAAUUGAUCGAAAAAUAAUUGAUUAUAUGUUUAAUCGUAUAGAUUUUGUUUAAUUUUUAUGUUGAUUGUAACAAUUAUAUUGAUAAUCGAAAAUUUAUAUCGGUAUAUAUCGGUAUACGACAAAUAUUUUUUAAUUUUUUAUUUACAUGUAAUUAAAUAUUUUCGCUAUGAAAACGCUGUAAUAUGGAAUAAUCAAUCUUUAGGUAUCGUGGCACAAGCUUUUGCGUAAUUUUUGUGCUUUAUAGUUUUUUUUUUUUUUGUAUCAAUGAUAUAUACGAUGUAUUAUCAAAUAAAAUGUAUUGCAAUUAAUUAAUUAAUUGGUUAAGAGAAGAAAUACGAUGUAUAGAAAAUAAAUUGCGUGUAGAAGGAGAAUCAUAUAAGGUACCGGGUCUCUUUCUUAUAAAAUAAUUACUUAUUUAUAAACGGUUUCGUUCGUGCCUGAGCAUUGUGAAAUUUGUAUAGCUUUAAAA